UUUCAAUACUCCAGAUACUUUUCCAGAGGCCACCUUUCACCAUGUGGAUAUUACCGUUGCUUGGAUAUGUUGGCCUCAUACUAGGGUUUGCCUUCUUGACGCUGGCAAUAGCUUCCGGGCUCUACUACCUUUCCGAGCUCGUGGAAGAGCAUACCGUACUGGCAAAGAAGCUCCUAUACCGUCUCAUCUAUGGAGUUGUUGGUGUUCAGUUUCUCCUACUUGUCGUCGACAAGUUCCCCGUCGGGCUAAGUCUGUUGAGCGUUGUGUCGCACGGCAUAUAUGCACAGAACCUUAGGCGCUUUCCGGUCGUCAAGCUCACCGACCCAUUGUUCUUAUUGUCCUGCGCCCUCGUCAUUGUAAAUCAUUACCUUUGGUUCCGUCACUUUAGUGCUCCGCCUGCCAGCUCCUAUUCUUCAUAUCUGUACGCACGCGAUCCGAAUAUUCCUACAUUUACCGAGAUCGCUGCCUACUUUGGACUGUGCGUCUGGCUUGUUCCCUUCGCUCUUUUCGUUUCCCUAUCCGCUGGCGAGAACGUUUUACCCUCGAUGGGCUCCGAGUAUGCGACCGGCGAUGGAAGCAGUUAUGUCAACCCAGGAAAAGCGCCCGAUUCAUACGGAAGCGGGUCGGGCGUUGGAGCGAGUGGAAUGCAGGGAAAGAGACGAGCGAGGAGUGGGACGAAUGCGGGCAUGGCAAAAGCCGUUGUCACUGGUGUCAAGGAGUGGGUUGGGGAGACUGGAGAAGUCAUGGGAUUUUGGAAGGGUGAGAGGACGAGACCUACUUUCUAAGAGCCUGGCCUUAUUUGCGGUGUAUGAAUGUACGAGUAUUGUAUGUAUGUUAUGAUGCACCGAUGGUCUAUCUCUCUUCUACAUAAUUGCGAGAUGCUAACUCUGCGCCCGCACCCUUAUACAUCUAUCACUACGCACGGAAAGAUUCGCUAAUGUCGUUGAUAUACCGUCUAGCUUAGAGAGAUUAUUUUCCGUGUGUGCGGAGUGCUGAGCUAUGCUUGGGAUAUUGAUAUCGAUAACACCACGUGAGCUUUCUUGGAUACUUAACCAAGCCUACGUACUAAACUUCUUUCUCUCACCUCCCUUCCGUC